GCGGAACUUGGAGAUUCCCUUGCGAAAUACGUGGGAGAGAUAAACAACAAAGCGUGCUGGACAGGGGCUGAACUUUCCACACCACAUGUGAUUUAAGGGAGGAAGCAACAGAGCAUUUUCACAGUAACACAACUUGGAAAAAUGAAUCUGAGUGGGACGCCGAAGGCUUACAAAGCUGGACACCUAAAGCCUCAGAUGUCCAGCACUGAAGUGUUAUCAAGCAGGACAAUAGAAUUUGAUCUCCGCAAACAUUACUACGCGAUGAGCAUGUCAAUGCCCCCCGCGGUGGCGGAGCAGAUUGCUUUCUCCCUGUACAGUGCUCGGAUUCUCAGCCAAUAUGAACUUAACGUCAUUAUCUCUAAGACUGAGGUGCUCUCCAAGGCAUCUGAGCUGCUCUCUGUCGUCAUCCGGAAAGGGUCGAAGGCCUGUGGCAUCUUUCUCCAGGUUCUUAAAACAUGUGACCCAAAUCUCAGUGAACAACUAGUCAGAGAACAAGCAGUUAAUUCUACUAAUAAGAUUCCAAUGACUGAAUUAUUGAAGCCACCUUCUUAUGCAGUGCAGUCCCCGGUGAUAUGCAAGAUAUGCAUCUGCAACUCAAGUCUGAACAACUGCACUUUUGGCUCAGGCAACAGUAUGUCCAUCAUAACAACCACACCAUUAUCCAACACCGAGGAGCCUGCCACAAGUAUAAAUAAAGAAUGCGGAAACGUCAUCGGUGCAACAUCUACAUCUUGCUUGUCCAGCAUUUCAAAUGACACAGAUGUAUAUAGUAUGGAAACCUUCCAAGCUGACAUCGAAAUCGUCAGAUCUAAAUUAACAAAUAUUACUGUUGGAGAAAGCAAUGUGUUCACAGUUGUGGAAGAAUUCAGCAAUAAAGAUGAUAAUGAGAAGGAUCUGGAAGAAGAGUUAGAAGGAAAUGACUACAACGAACAGUCAGCAAAGGUGUCGGUGGCCAAAGCAUGUGUAUAAUUUGAAAUACAGCAUGUAGAUUACUAUAUAGAUGAAUUUCAGUGGGAGAUUGAAAUAUUAAACGCAGAGACUCUGUGAAUGCCGUCUGGUAGUUAUAACAGCAGAAAGCACCCAGCAGGCUCUGGAAUUCAGUUGUUCAAGCUUCAUGGUUAAAUCUUAUUAUAAACCACUCUACCAAAAACUGAUUUUCUGUAAUUCCGUAAAAUCCCAAUUUCUCAGUGUUACUGAUUUAUUAGCUUCACAGGGAAUAUCAAAGUGGCACAACUGAGGUUCAAAUCAGAUAAAUUGAUCUCUUUUAAUAGCACAAUUCCCUAGCCCAGAGGACAGAAGUAUAUUCAACACUAAAGUUGAUAGGACACUAAGGAGGAAGAUAGGCUUGAGACAGGAGAUCAACAAUCAUUCUUGAAAGAAUGACUUGAAAAGCUGUUCCUACAUUGAUUUCAUAUUUUUAAGUAUCAUCUGCUUAUUGUGUUAGUUUUGUAUAUCUAACCACUUCAAAACGGGGGUUGCCCUGUUCAGUAUUUAUUUAUUUAUUUAUCUAUCUAUCUAUCUACACAUCCACUUGCAGGAUGUGACCAUUGUGAUAAGAUAGUACAUGUCCAUCACUAAUUGCUUCUUGAUCAAGCUCCCAUAGUGGACUGAAGGGAGUUAAAGAUUGUCCAGGAGGCCAAGUAUGGAGCAGUAAAAAAUGCUCUGUGCAUUCUGGAUGGGAAGAAGUUGUUAAGGUAGAUAAGGGCAAAGACAUUUCUCACCCCAUAGCAUGCCUCUACAGCUGUAUUGACACCUUUAGGAACAGCCGACAACACUCCAAGCUCCCACUGAAGCUCCUGGCUUCCCAGUAUCUCACCACAUAUUGCAGCUUCUUUGCAUCAUCUCAUUUUUCAGCUUUCAUUCACCCACCCAUUAAUCAUUCUUCUGUUCACUGCCAGCCACGUGGCCAAUUUAAGAUAAGGUUAUGACUCACCAAAAUGGGGCAUCAUCGCACUGGAGACAGAAGAGACCACAAAAUUAUGGAAUCAGAGGAACGCAGCACGACAGGCAGGAAAUGGACAGCUGACGUUUCAGAUUGAGAUGUUCAUUGUACGUAGCUGUUCAUUUAGGGUUCCCAGCUUGGGAAAGCCCAGAUCAAAAGCUGAUCGACUGCUAAAACGGGAUAUAGGUGCGGCCCUGAUUGACCACAUUCACUCUUCACUGGCACCACUGCAUUCUCAGCCUUGAAGAAAAGCAUUUGUACAUAAAUUCAGUGUGAGGUGGG